AUGUGAUUUUCUGUAUCUUUUAUUUUGAAAUUCUAAAUCAGAAUAUCCCAAUAUUGGAAUAAUUACUUUCUUUCAUUUAAUGUAUUCAUCAUUCAUACCAUUCAUGAUUUUUCAUCUCUUCAUUUAGUUUAAUCUAUCACUAUAUCACGUUCACCGGAAGUUCGCUCUUAUUUUGAAAACAGUUUUCACACACUCGCACCGUAAUGCCUGGUAUAUACGUGUCCUGAAAAAAAUCGUGCGGGCUGGCUUGACUGUGUUUUCCGAAGUGGCGGCUGGCUUGACCGCAGUUCCUCCUGGAAGGUUAAGCUUUAACUCCAGCCGCCGGUUCCCGUGAAGCUGAGCCUCCGCGUCCUCCUCCUCCGGCAGCAGCAGCAGCCUCAUCCCGCAGGAGCCGCAGGAGAGGAGGGUGGACCUCCCGACCCAUGAAGGGAUGAGAGACGGAGAGACGAGGGCUUUGGCCGCCAUGGCGCCAGAGGAGGCGCCAGAGGAGGCGCCAGAGGAGGCGCCAGAGGAGGCGCCAGAGGAGGCGCCAGAGGAGGCCGACUCACAGCCCACCUACAGGAUCCAACGGCCGGUCUACGAUGAAGCCUUCCUCAGGUCGCAGCUGCUCCACCGCAGAGGGAACGCCACCACCCUCCGACAGAGGCUGGCGCAGCGGCUCAGGUGCUCGUCCCAGAAGGCCAAGGCGGCGGCCUUCAGCGCGCUGCCCAUCCUCACCUGGCUGCCCUCCUACCCGCUCAGGCAGUACCUGUUCUCAGAUGUGGUGUCGGGCCUCAGCACCGGCAUGGUGCAGCUGCCUCAAGGUCUAGCCUACGCCAUGCUGGCGGCCGUGCCUCCGGUGUACGGGCUCUACUCCUCCUUCUACCCCGUCCUGCUCUACACCUUCUUCGGCACGUCCAGACACAUCUCCGUGGGCACCUUCGCCGUCGUCAGCCUGAUGAUCGGCGCCGUGGUGGUGAGGGAGGCGCCGGACGCCAUGUUCUACGUCCCGGCCAACGGCACCAACGCGUCCGCCGUGCUGGACGUGGAGGCCCGGGACGCCAAGAGGGUGCAGGUGGCCGUGGUGCUCACCACCCUGGUGGGCAUCAUCCAGCUCUCCUUCGGCCUCCUCCGGUUCGGCUUCGUGGCGAUCUACCUCACGGAGCCGCUGGUGCGCGGCUUCACCACGGCGGCGGCGGUGCACGUGGUCGUCUCUCAGCUCAAGUACCUGCUGGGCGUGAAGACGCGGCGCUUCAGCGGGCCGCUCGCCGUCCUCCACAGCCUCCGGGCCGUCCUCGGGGGCGUGGCCGGCACCAACCUGUCCACGGCCGCCCUGGGCCUGGCGUGCCUCGUCUUCCUGUACGCCGUAAAAGACCUCAACGAGCGCUUCAAGAAGACGCUGCCCGUCCCCGUCCCCGGGGAGAUCAUCGUGGUCAUCGUGUCCACCGGCGUCUCCUACGGCAUGUCCUUGUCCCAGGACUACGGCGUGGACGUGGUGGGGAAGAUACCGACCGGGCUCCUCCCUCCCGCCGUCCCGGACUUCUCUCUGCUCCCCAGUCUGGUCACGGACUCCUUUGCCGUCGCCAUCGUAGGAUUCUCGAUGGGCAUCUCGCUCGCCAAGACGUUCGCCCUGAAGCACGGCUACAGCGUGGACGGUAACCAGGAGCUCAUCGCCCUCGGCCUGUGCAACUUCCUGAGCUCGUUCUUCCAGACCUUCGCCAUCUCCUGCUCCAUGUCCAGGAGCCUGGUGCAGGAGAGCACCGGGGGCCAGACUCAGAUCGCCGGGCUGCUGGCGUCCCUCGUGGUGCUGCUGGUGGUGGUGGCCGUCGGGUUCGUCUUCCGGCCGCUCCCUCAGACGGCGCUGGCGGCCAUCAUCAUGGUGAACCUGCUGGGCAUGUUCCGGCAGCUCCGGGACGUGGCGGCGCUGUGGAGGACCAGCAGGCUGGAGCUGGCCAUCUGGCUGGUGGCCUUCGUGGCGUCGGUGCUGUUGGGUCUGGACUACGGCCUCCUGGUGGCGCUGGCCUUCGCCCUCCUCACCGUCAUCUACAGGACACAGAGUCCUCAGAGUGCCGUCCUGGGCCACGUCCCUGGAACCGGGCUGUACUGUGACGUGGACGAGUAUGAAGAGGCAGUGGAAUACGAGGGCAUCAAGAUCUUCCACUUCAACUCCUCCAUCUACUUUGCCAAUAGCGACCUUUAUGUGAACACCCUCAAGGAGAAGACGGGCGUCGACCCCAAGGCCUUGCAAGCCGCCCGCAACGCCCAAAAGAACCGGAGGGAGAAGAGAACCAGCAACCGAGAGCCGUCACUGGACCUGUGUGGCAAGGCAGCGCAGCAGGAAGUGACCCAUGAGGUGUUGUCCUAUGACGUCGAGGAGCAGAGCAACGGGAGGUGGGGGUCCCAUGAGGAGGGGGCCGUGUUCCUGGAGCCUCUGACCGCCGUCCACUCCGUCGUCCUGGACUGGACUCCGGCCGCCUUCAUGGACUCCGUGGGGGCCAAGGCCGUCAGACAGGUCAUCAAGGAGUUCGCGGAGGUGGAGGUUCAGGUGGUGAUUGCCGGCUGCAGCAGAAGCCUCCUGGACGAGCUGGACACCUUACAGUUCUUCUCUGGGGUCGUGACCCCGGCGAUGGCGUUCCCCACCGUGCACGACGCCGUGCUGCGCUGUCGCCGCUCGCCGGCCGAUGGAGCGGCGCAGCGGUUCCACCCGGAGCCGAGAGGAGCGGACGGGGGUCCUCCAGACUAGGACUAGCAGCGAGGGCUGGGCGGGUUGAGGUAGAGACGCGUGAGUCACGCUCAAACCCAUUGGUCGGUGCUUAGGUGAGGCUCCGCCCCCAUGACGACCUCGUGACCUUGGAGACGCUCAGCUCUGAACACAACACUGAGGCUUUAAGGAAUCCGGACCGUUAACGACCGUUCCUCUUUGUGUUAAACAGUGGUGUCGGGAUCGGGUGCCUACAAGAUAAUAUAUUACAUAUUAUAUAUAUAAUAUAUCUAUAUAUAGCUGCUGGUGGAAUGACGGUGAAUCCUGAAGCUGCUGUAAACGUUUGUUACUGAAGUAUUUGGUGCUGAGAUCUGGACCAGCUGUUCCCAAGAGGCUCGUGUCACAUGUCAACUCAGACUCAAAUGUGGAAUAAACUUUAUUUUUUAAGCAAACAAGACAACAAA